AUGCUCACACCUCCCCCGGCUCUUGCACAGACCAACAAGAACACCAUGUCGCCAUACAUUCCUUCCACUCAGUCCCGUGUUAUCCUGAUCAACCGACCUACCGGUGACAUCAACCCCGACAUCACCUCAGGCAAGGGCACGUUCAAGCUCGAGAAGGAUGUCCCCGUCGAACAGCCCAAGGAAGGACAGGCCUUGAUCAAGGUCGAGUGGAGCUCCAUCGAUCCGGCCAUGCGAGGUGAGCUAGCUUCUACCUAUUUCUUUGCAAAUAUACUGAUAAGUUGUGCCUGUGUGAAACAGGAUGGCUCGACGACUCGCGAUCGUACAUGCCCCCCGUUCCCCUCAACUCAGUCAUGCGCGCCGGCAUUGUCGGCUCCAUCGUCGCCCUCGGCCCCAACACCGAAGGCUUUUCCAUCGGCGACCACGUCUCGGCCUACGUCGGAUGGCAAGAAUACGCCGUCGCCCCCGUCGCUGCCCUGCAGAAGAUUCCCACGACUCUCAAAGAAUCUGAAAAGGCCCUGUCCGUUUUGGGCAUGGUCGCUCAGACCGCUUACUGGGGCUUGUUUGACGUUGCUCAAUUGACCUCCAAGGACACAGUCGUCGUCGUUUCGGGAGCCGCCGGUGCUGUCGGGUCGAUUGCGAUCCAAUUGGCCAAGUUGACCGGGUGCGAGAAGGUCGUCGGUAUCGCCGGUGGUGCGGAUAAGUGCCGCUACGUCAAGGAAAAGCUCGGUGCAGAUGACUGCCUCGACUACAAGUCUGCGAGCUUCAAGGAGGACUUGAAGCGUCUCGGCUUCGUGGACGUCUACUUUGACAACGUCGGUGGCGAGAUCCUGGAUUUGGUCAUGGGCCAACUGGCUGUGCACGCUCGCAUUGCUUGUGAGUGGGUUCGAGACCCCUCCCUUUGACUUAAAAUUGCGCUAACAUGACAUUCCUUAUGUGUGCUUUACCUCGCCAGUCUGCGGCGCUAUCUCGUGGGUUUUUGAUCAAAUCCCAUCUAGCAAAUGGAUCCGGCUACUGACGCUCGCACUCAUUCUCCCAACAGCGCUUACAACUCGACCGGUGAUCACUACGCGCUCAAGAACUACGUCCAACUGCUCAUGCAAAAGGCCAAGCUUCACGGUUUCAUCAUCAUGGACUACGUCCCCCGUUUCGGCGAAUCCCUGCGUGAGUCUGACCCCUAUUUCUAAUUAGGCCACUGUGCUUGGGGCGAUCAUUGCACUAAACGACCCGUAUAACGGCCUGUACACUCUCUUACCAAUCCCUCUUAUUCGUUCUCUCGAAAUCAGCCAAACUCUCGAAGUGGUAUUCGGAAGGCAAGCUCCAACUCGCCGAGCACAAGAUCGAAGGUGGUGUCGAGCAAUGCGUCGAAGCGCUCUGCGGGUUGUUCACCGGUGUCAACACGGGCAAGGCGAUGGUCCAUAUUGCCAAAACCUGA